AUGUUUAUCUAUUUCCUAUCUCUGAUAGAGUUAAAUGGUCAAGAUCUAAAGACUGGUAUUUCAAAUACAGAUUCUUUGUUGUCCCUCAUUUCUCUAAAGAUCCAGGCCAUUCAUACUGUAGGUAACGUACUAUCAGACGGCAUCAUCCAUUGUAGUUUCGUCAUAUCUAUCUCAGUUUGUUUUAGUAUCUAUCUAUCUAUCUAUCUAUCUAUCUAUCUAUCUAUCUAUCUAUCUAUCUAUCUAUCUAUCUAUCUAUGUCUAUUCCAUAUCUAUCUAUCUAUCGAUCUAUUCUUAAUGCUCAAUAUCACAGAUAGACAGUUUACAGAUAUAGGCACUGAUGUUCCCUAUGUCCAUUAUAUAUCUAUCUAUCUAUGCAUCUAUCUCAGUCUGUUUUAUCUAUCUAUCUAUCUAUCUCUUCUGUUCACAUCUAUCUAUCUAUCUAUCUAUCUAUCUAUCUAUCUAUCUAUCUAUCUCUGA